ACCUCACUUGUUGCACACAGCUGCGAUAAGACUGCAUAUUUGUGCUAAAGCUUACAGUGUGUCUUAAACAUAUAUUAUAUUACACAUACAGCCUUUUAUUGGUGACUGGUUUGCGCAUGCGAAGAGGCAAGCUGAGGCCACUUGCUUAAACAAAUGACCGUGUCGAGAGCAGCGGUCGCUCUCAAUGCGCACAGCAGGAUAUGCGCGUUUUUCUUUUCUUUUCUUUCUUUUCUUUUUUUAAAAAAUAAACCUAAAUACUGAACCUGGUGACAUGGAUUUCCAGGUUUGAUUUUUUUUUUUCUUUUCCCGCAACUACAUUUCACGCAACAGGCUGCAACACCAAUGUGGAGUCUACGCUGAAGAACAGUACCACCUGUAACUGUAACCUCUCUGCUCCCCGACUUUUCAUGCCUACACCGAGGAUGAAGAAGCAAAACGUCCGGACCUUGUCGCUCAUCCUCUGCAUGUUCUCCUACUUGCUGGUCGGCGCCGCGGUGUUUGACGCGCUGGAGUCUGAGUCGGAGAGCUCCCGCAGACGCAUCUUGGAGCAGAAGCGCAACGAGAUGAAGAAGAAGUACCGCUUUUCCGAGGACGACUACCGCGAAAUCGAGCGAGUGGUGCUGCAAGCUGAGCCCCAUCGCGCUGGGCGACAGUGGAAAUUUGCUGGCUCUUUUUACUUUGCCAUAACAGUCAUCACCACCAUUGGUUACGGACACGCAGCACCAGGCACAGAUGCAGGAAAGAUUUUCUGCAUGUUCUACGCUGUGCUGGGCAUUCCCCUCACUUUGGUCAUGUUCCAGAGCCUGGGAGAAAGGAUGAACACAUUUGUCCGCUAUCUCCUGCAUAAGAUGAAGCAGUGUCUGGGUUUUCGAGGCACUGAGGUGUCCAUGGAGAACAUGGUCCUGGUGGGCUUCCUGUCCUGCAUUGGUACACUGUGUGUUGGGGCUGCAGCUUUCUCUCACUUUGAGGGAUGGAGCUUCUUCCAUGCUUAUUACUACUGCUUCAUCACACUAACUACUAUUGGCUUUGGGGACUUUGUGGCCCUGCAAAAAAAGGAGGACCUCCAAGAGAAAACACCCUACGUGGCAUUCAGCUUCAUGUACAUCCUGGUUGGGCUAACUGUUAUUGGGGCCUUCCUGAACUUGGUGGUGCUUCGAUUCCUUACUAUGAACACUGAGGAUGAGAGGAGAGAUGCUCAAGAGAGGGCGUCACUGAAAAGGGACAGAGGCCUUUUGGAUGGGGGUCUGGGUAACCAUGCUGUAGGGGAACAAAGCAGAGACAGCCUCAGAGAGAGGAACAGGAGCAAUGUGGUGCAUAGUCGUAGCCACAGUACACUCUUCCUCCCGAUGGAGGAAGGAACCAGCCGGACCAACCUCAUUGCUUCCCCAGCCGAGGAUCAGGAGAGACAAAGAAGCCCCUGCAGACACCGGCUGCAUUUUCAGAUCAAGGCAGGCAGACACCGGCCUGAGUCGAGCCUCAGCUCCCUCUGUUCCUGUGUUUGCUACCGCUUGGGGAUUUGUGAUAGUCCUCUUGUGUCCCACAGUGAACACCACGGCUGCCAUAUCAAUUCUGUAUACUACAACUCAGUGUCCUAUAGGAUCCAAGGCUGCUCACCAAGUUCCAGGGACAACACAGGACUCUCUUCCCCAGGAAGCACACUCUCACCUGGGCAUAGCUUCCGGGAGUUCCCUCGUUCGAGGAGAAAGUCAGUGUAGAGAGCACUACAGUGAGAGAGAGUGCACAGUGUGUAGACAAUAUUUUCAUUGACACUGUAUUUUGUGUUACACCUUAUUUGUGCAUGUCAGAAGACACUGAUUCUGUCAAACGCAUAAGUUGUUUGUUGUGGCUAUUGAAAAUAAUUUUAUUUGUUCAGCAAGGAUGCAUUUAUUAUUCAGUAUUCCCAUCACAUUGUUUAUGUUAGUGAUACUGCAGUUUCCCCUGCAUGUAAGCCAAAGUGCAGUGCAUGCUAAAGAGGAUGUAUAGCACGCAAUGUGAAUGCAUGAGUGCUAUGUGAAGGUGUAGAACAGUUAGGCUUUUAAUUUACAAUUUUAACAAAAGUAUUUUGAAUAUAGUGCUUAUUAAUGACUGUAUAACUGUUCAGUGAAGGUAUGUGAAUGAUCCUCAGUGGACUCUGCUCCUGCUUUAGACAAAACCCAACUUUUUCAUGCCAUAGCUAGAAGAUGUCAUUAUACUUUUAUAUUAAAACAGCCUUAAGAACUUUGACCAAGCACAUGAGCUAUGUGGCUUCUUAGCUCAGUGAAUUUAAUAAACCCUUUUAUUACUUAUCGUUGGGGGAGUCAGAAUAACCUUUCUGUGCAUUGUUCAGCACUGAUGCACUCUAAUAUAAAAAGAUUAUGAUUGUUACAUGCGUGAUUCAAAUAUAAUGGAUGUAGCACAUUACAGAUAUGUAGCAGGUUACUACUGUAGUAAAACUUCCCACAUUCCAGCCAGGGAGGUGUUGUUUUCUUGUAGACUUGGUUUAUAGUCAGAUUCGAUGUGAGUCAUUACAGUAUUUGUUUUAUUAAACCAAAG